GAUUACGAUCGCGAGCCAGUUCUCAGACAGGUGUUAGAAUAUCUGUCUCUGUGCUGCACACAGGGUUUGGUGUUAUGUGUUAUUUAAUCAUCGAAAAUGCCAAUUAAUCGCCCGUUUAAACGUGAAGUGAGGGAGCGGUUUAGAUCAAUUCAGCCCAAUUAAUUAUUGUUACCAAAUUAUUAUGAUAAUUCGUUGCUAAUAAAUAAUUAAAUAAAAGAGUUUGAAUUGAAUUGGGCGAUAAAAGACAUUCCUAUGACACUUUUAGUACUCGCUGAGUGAAUUUUUCGUGGAAAAAUGGCAAGUGAACGUGAGACUAUAAUUGUCCCCGGAAAGAAAAUACUCUUGGACGUGUUUCUAGUGGCAUUAGUUGGUUUCCCGAUUUUGUUUAUUUUUUUAUGGCUCACUCCGUAUCGUCGGGGCUUUUUUUGCAACGACGAGGACCUUAUGCACCCAUAUCAUCCCUCGACGGUGCCAAGCAUCUAUCUGUACAUUGUGGGCAUUAUCAUGAAUUGUACUGUGAUGAUCCUGAUCGAAUUCCUGAACCAGCCGCAAACCAGCCACGAAGUGACUUUCUGGAAAUUCCGCGUCCCCUUCUGGUUCUACAACGUCUACUACGUCCUUCUUGUUUUCGCCUUCGGCAUGGCGUGCUCGCAAUUAAGCACCGACAUCAUGAAGUACACAGUGGGCCGUCUCCGCCCUCAUUUCCUCACAGUCUGCAAGCCCGACAUCAACUGCUCGCUGCCCUCAAACCAGCACGUCUACCACGUGGAUUUCAACUGCACCAACAAGGACUACAUCCACAACGCCAGGAUCAUGAAAGAGAUGAGACUGUCAUUCCCUUCAGGACAUUCCUCUUUCUCCAUGUACACAAUGCUCUAUUUUGCUAUUUAUCUGCAAAGGAGAAUGGACUGGGACGGCUCCAAGCUCUUGAAGCACAUGCUGCAGUUUUUGGCCGUUGCGGCCGCCGUUUUUGUCGCAAUGACGCGCAUUUCUGACAACAAACACCACUGGAGCGAUGUUCUAAGCGGACUGGUUAUUGGGACCAUUGUGGCGUGUGUUACGGCUACUGUUGGGUUUAAACACGAGUUUGUUCCUUUUAACGAGUAUGAAUACAUCCCAAGUAGUCCUCCUAACACUCACACUUCUGUUUAAUGUGUCUAAAGCUCGUGUUUUUUCAACGCUGUUUCAACAACACCCCACACAGGAUUUGGUAAGGAAGGAUUUUCUUGAACUGCAAGGAGUUAACGGAAAUAACGCCCAAACCGCGUAGUUUUUCAAGCGACCUGAUUUGUACUUAAUCAUAUCACAUCACGAUUAUUUAUUUGUUAAAUUGAGAUUGUUUUAUAUUUAUUUAUUUAUUGUUUAGGUGUUAAGACUCGAUAGCAAUAAAUUGUUAGACAGUAUUGAGAAACAUCGGGAAAUGUGAUAGACCUAAUUUUGUACCUCGCACUCGGUAGAAAGUACCGCCAACUCGUGUUUGAUAUUUUUGUAUUCAUAAAUUGUGAUAAUUUGCUGGCCAGGCCCCAAUAAGUUGAGUUGUAACCAAUUAUUUUAAUAAAUUUUUCCAAUUUGAA